UGGAUCAGCCAUAUUUUUAGUUUAUAAUGGCGUAAACUGAAAAUUUAGAACGUUGUUACAAGUUUCAUUUUAAAAUGAUACAUCAUAGAAAUAUUGGUUCUAUAUAAACGUUUCCAACUUAAUUAGUAAAUGUCUUCAGACAUACAUAACAUGGUAAUUGGUGAAAAUUCGCAGAUAGUACCCACGGAGGGUGUUUGUGUUGCGGAUGAGAUCAAAAUUUUGUGUAUUAUUCGAGACCUUGUGAACACCGCGAAUCCAGGAUGCAAGUACACUCUGAACCUACCAGGCUCAAUGCGAGUCAGUCAGGUGUUCAAGGAGAUUGCCAAGACCUGUGGUUAUGUGGAUGAUUCCAUUUCUGUCAUUUACGAACUCAACAAAGACAAACAGUUAACAGAUGUUGAGCUUAAUAACAUGAAAGAUUGUCCAUUGUCUGAACUGGUUGCUGAAGGGGUUAAGCGUCAUAGUUUUACCAUCCGUGAGAAAGAUGGUAGAGCACCACAGAAAGUUGAGAGUGAGGAAUCGACAACAUCAGGUUAUGAAAGUCGAGCUUCAAGCAGCACAUCCCAUACAAGUACGACUGCUGGGGAGACGUUUUCCUACACCACCUCCGACUAUACCGGUCUGAUUAAGUCUGAGACAGGUUAUGUUGGACUUGUCAACCAAGCCAUGACAUGUUACCUCAAUAGUUUAAUUCAAACUCUCUUUAUGACGCCAGAGUUUCGGAAUGCAAUUUACGGAUUUGACUUUGCAGGCAAUCAAGAGGAAAUGAAGAAAAGUAUCCCUUGUCAGCUUCAAAAACUGUUUCUGCAACUUCAGACUAGUAAAAAGAAAGCUGCAGAAACAACAGACCUUACAAAAAGUUUUGGAUGGGACAGUAGUGAAGUGUGGCAACAGCAUGAUGUUCAAGAACUGUUCAGAGUUAUGUUUGAUGCUCUGGAAACAAAGUGGAAAAGAACUGACCAGGAAAAUCUUAUCAGUCAACUUUACCAGGGGAAAUUGAAAGAUUAUGUCAAAUGUCUUGAAUGCAAAAAUGAAAGUGCUAGGACCGACACAUUUCUCGAUAUACCACUUGUGAUACGGCCAUUCGGAUCAACCGAGACAUAUGGGAGUGUGGAAGAGGCAAUGAGGGCAUUUGUUCAGCCUGAGACUCUAGAGGGAUCAAAUCAGUAUUACUGUGAUAGGUGUCAGAAGAAAUGCAAUGCGCACAAGGGACUGAAAUUCUUAACAUUUCCCUACCUGUUAACAUUGCAAAUGAAGCGAUUUGAUUUUGACUUUACAAGUAUGCAUAGGAUCAAACUGAAUGACAAAAUGACGUUUCCUGAUAUUUUACAUUUAAAUACAUUUAUUGAUACUGAAGCAAGUCUUUGUUCCGUCAAUGGAAAAAGUCUAGAAACUGAUGUCAUAUCAGUUGUUGAAGACGAGAAAAGAUCAACAUCUAUUCCUUGUGAUAGUGAUGAAGGUAUUGAUGAAGGCAUUGAAGUGGAAAAUGGACUGUCAGCUGCAUCAUCCAGCAGUGAGGGGUCUAAUUUCAGUAGUGAAGCAGCAACCAAUGACAAGAAUGCCAGAGAAUCGGCUACUCAGGGUCCAUAUGUGUACGAACUGUUCUCCAUCAUGAUCCAUGCAGGUAGUGCAGCUGGCGGACACUACUACGCCUAUAUCAAGUCUUUCAAAGAUGGAAAAUGGUACAGUUUCAAUGAUCAACAAGUCACAAAGAUUACAUAUGAUGACAUUCGUAAAACGUACGGUGGUUCAGGUGUCUCCAGAGGUUUCUACUCUUCAGCUUAUGCAAGUUCCACAAAUGCAUAUAUGUUGAUGUACCGACAAAUAGACAAGGAAAGAAACGCAGACUUCAUGCAGCCUGAUCAGUUUCCCAAGCCUCUAAAAGAUUACCUUCAUCAACAACAAGCCAAGGAGGAAGCUGAGAGAAAACAGAGAGAGAUUGAGAAGUCAACAUGCAAGAUUAAAUUGUACUGCAUACAUCCCAAGUAUCAAAGGAAACUAGACUACAGGUUCGAAAUACACAAAGACAAAACCCUGAAGGAAGCUACUGAAAUGGCAUUCAAGGCUCUUGAACUGGACGGGGUCCUCCCUCUGAACUGCUGUCGACUAGUCAAGUAUGACGAUUACUCAGACGCACUGGAGAAGUCUUUUGAGGGCGAGGAAAACGUAACGAUGGGCGAACUGCUGGGCGGCGUUAAAACCAGUUACAACUUUGACCUUCUCUUGGAAACAAAGCGUUCAGAUCAGGUGUUUCAAGAAUAUAAACCUGGAGGCAUCACUGUGAAAGUGUUUGUGGUAGAUAUCUUUAGAGAGAUCAUCGAGCCACCAUUUAACGUGCGUGCGUAUCACGUUCAGACUGUUCAGGAGUUGAAGAACAUGAUUUAUAAAAUAAAGGAAAUCCCAGACAUGUCCAAAAUGCGCUGUGUGUUAGAGCGAUGUCACAGUGACUUUAGACAACUCCUUGUGCCCAGUAAAACUCUCAAAUCAGAGGGUUUCUUCAAAAGUAAUAAGGUGUAUAUAGAGUAUACCGGUGAUGAAGAAGACAACAGAGUCCCAUUUGUACAGAGCAAGUUCCACAAACUAAUCGAUCAACAUCAAAACACAAUACGCAUUAACGUCUAUUUACCAGCUAUAGAUGAAGUGGAUGACUAUAAAAGGACAUUGCAGCAAAAUAUGUUAAGACGGCAACAGCUGUGCUUAAAUUGUGAACCGACAUGUGAUAGUGUGAGUGGUAGUGACGCACAUGACCUCGACAGUGUCGAUAUUAAGCUAAGGACUACAGCUCUGCAGGACUGCCACAGCAAUCAUUCAGUGUCUCACGGUUGUCAUGACAACAGCGACAGCUCGCCUCAGGAGUCGGACGGUCGCAGCAACAGUCCCAUGGUGCCGAGUUCCAGCAGCCAGGACACGAGUACGAGCGCCGAGUUCAGCCUGACGACCAACUACAACUCUAACAAUGAGGGCCAGUCCCCGUCGCCCGACGACAUCCAGCCUCUCGGUGAUAAGGGACCCGUCGAGCACGUGGAGUGUAAUUCCGACCAGGCGUCCCCGGUCAUGGGGCCGCUCAACAAGGGAGAGACUUUUCACUGUGAGGAAAACUGGGACCUCGAAGUCGGUGCCAGUGCAGACAAUAUGUGUGCAAGUUCAACGAAGGACGACGUGGGCAAAGACUUUCCGAUGGAAUCGACGUACCGCUAUUUUCAUACCUCAAUAUGUGAAAUAACUCAGUUUGGACAAAGAAGUCUUACCGUUUUUGUUGAUAAACGAAUCACCCUUGGGGCUUUCAAAAAGAACAUGGAAUCAACUGUCGGAAUAACAUCAGAACAUUUCAAGGUCUACAGAGUAUAUGCCAACAACCAAGAGUUUGAGAGCAUCCGGCUGUCAGACACACUGCAGUUCAUGGAGGACGGGAAGCUGAAGAUAAAGUUGGGUCGGGCGUUGAGACCUGGUGAACAUAGGGUUAAAGUUUUCCAGCUUCUAGUGAAUGAAUCAGAUUCCUGCAAGUAUUUAAUUGAGACUGUAGUUGCUAAAGGGAUGACAGUUUUGGAAUCUAAAAAACUGAUUGUGCCAGAAGUGAAAGAACAGUGUGAUAUAGACAUCCCCUUAGACAGGUAACAUUCAACACAGUAUUCUGCUCAGGAAUGAAUCAAAUAGAUUUUUUUUUUCAGAUUUUUUUGGGGGGGUUUUUUUUUUUUUUUGUGUGCACUGGGGAUUGGGGUUUUAUUCUGGUUUUCAUUGUACUGGAGAUUUUGGGUUCCUCAUUCAUCAUACAAUCUACAUACAUUUAAUUAACUCUUUUUCUCGUUGAAUAUUAUAAAUUUAAAGUAUAUAGUUAUGUACACAGAUAAAAAUUGUAAAUGCAAGAAUUUGUUAAGUAGUCCUGUCUGUAGGAUGGUGCAUAUAAAAGAUCCCUGGUGCUAAUCAAAAAGAGUAGCCCAUGAAGUGGCGACAGUGGGUUUCCUCUCUUAAAA